UCACCUGAAGGGAAAAGGAUGCUGGACUUUCGGAAAUCUCUACCUACAUCCAAGGAAAAGGAAAGGCUGCUCCAAGCAAUUGCAAGGAAUCAGGUUAUAGUUAUAUCUGGGGAGACUGGUUGUGGCAAGACCACUCAGCUUCCUCAGUAUAUACUGGAAUCAGAAAUAGAAUCUGGCCGUGGAGCAUUUUGCAGCAUAAUUUGCACACAACCUCGAAGAAUAUCUGCUAUGGCUGUUGCAGAAAGAGUGUCUUCAGAGAGGGGAGAACCUCUUGGUGAAACUGUUGGCUAUAAAGUGCGAUUAGAGGGCAUGAAAGGGAAAAAUACUCAUCUUCUAUUUUGUACAAGUGGCAUUUUACUUAGACGGCUGUUAGGUGACCACAAUUUAAAUGGCAUAACACAUGUUUUUGUGGAUGAAAUUCAUGAGCGUGGCAUGAAUGAAGAUUUCCUAUUGAUUGUGCUGAAGGAUCUCCUUCCUCGCCGUCCAGAUCUGAGAUUGAUUUUAAUGAGUGCAACUUUGAAUGCUGAGCUGUUCUCCAGUUAUUUUGGGGGAGCACUGACAAUUCACAUUCCCGGCUUUACACAUCCUGUGAGGGCACAUUUUUUAGAAGAUGUGGUGGAGAUGACUGGGUAUAAGUUGACUUCUUUCAACCAAAUUGAUGAUUAUGGGCAAGAGAAGAUGUGGAAAACACAGAGGCAGCUGGCGCCGCGAAAAAGGAAAAACCAGAUCACUGCUCUUGUUGAGGAUGCUCUCAGUAAAUCAAGCUUUGAGAAUUACAGCUCCAGGGCACGUGAUUCCCUAGCAUGUUGGAUGCCUGAUACCAUAGGAUUUAAUCUUAUUGAAGCAGUUCUUUGUCAUAUAUGUCGAAAGGAACGGCCAGGUGCUGUGUUAGUGUUCAUGACUGGUUGGGAGGAUAUUAGCUGUUUGAGGGAUCAACUCAAAGCUCAUCCCCUUCUUGGUGACCCCAACAGAGUUCUGCUUCUAACAUGCCAUGGUUCAAUGGCGACAUCAGAACAGAAACUCAUAUUUGAGAGGCCACCUCCAAAUAUACGCAAAAUAGUUCUGGCUACAAAUAUGGCAGAGGCGAGCAUUACAAUUAACGAUAUAGUUUUUGUUGUUGAUUGUGGAAAAGCUAAAGAGACCACUUAUGAUGCUUUAAAUAAUACACCUUGUCUGCUCCCUUCAUGGGUAUCACAAGCAUCUGCUCGGCAAAGGAGGGGCAGAGCUGGCCGUGUGCAGCCUGGUGAAUGUUACCAUCUGUAUCCCAAAUGUGUUUAUGCAGCUUUCACUGAAUACCAACUUCCUGAGCUUCUGAGAACUCCUUUGAACUCUCUUUGCCUGCAAAUUAAAAGUUUGCAGGUUAAAAGCAUUGGAGAAUUCUUGUCAGCAGCGCUGCAGCCACCAGAACCCUUGGCUGUCCAAAAUGCUGUGGAUUUUUUGAAAAUGAUCGGGGCACUAGAUGAGGAGGAAAAUCUGACAAAUCUUGGGAAAUUCUUGUCAAUGCUUCCAGUAGAUCCCAAGUUGGGGAAAAUGCUGAUCAUGGGUGCUAUCUUCCGCUGCUUUGAUCCUAUAUUAACUAUAGUGUCUGGGCUCAGUGUCAGAGAUCCUUUUCUUUUACCUCAAGACAAAAAGGACUUAGCUGGGACGGCAAAGUCUAGGUUCUGUGCAAAAGACUACAGUGACCAUAUGGCUCUUGUCCGUGCAUAUGAAGGGUGGAAAGAUGCAGAAAGAGAAGGAUCAGCAUAUGAAUAUUGUUGGAGGAAUUUCCUGUCUGCACAGACACUUCAGGCCAUCCAUUCUCUUAGGAAGCAGUUUAGCUUCAUUUUGAGAGAAGCUGGUUUAGUAGAUGCAGAUGCAGGCAUUGAGAACAGAUUGAGUCACAACCAAUCUCUUGUUCGUGCCAUCAUAUGUUCUGGCCUUUUUCCUGGAAUAGCAUCUGUAGUGCACAGAGAAACUUCCAUGUCUUUCAAAACAAUGGAUGAUGGCCAAGUAUUACUAUACGCAAUACUUGCUAAAUAUUUCCUAGUAUCUCUUCAAUCAUCUGAGGUAGUGCUUCUGGUUCAGAAUUCUGUCAAUGCGCGUUAUCAAACUAUUCCUUAUCCUUGGCUGGUGUUUGGAGAGAAAGUUAAAGUUAACACAGUUUUCAUACGUGAUUCUAGCGGUGUAUCUGAUUCAAUACUGAUCCUUUUUGGCGGUGCUCUAAGCUGUGGCUUACAGGCUGGGCAUUUAAAAAUGCUAAAUGGGUAUAUUGAUUUCUUCAUGGAUCCAAGCUUGGCAGAGUGCUAUUUGAAGCUUAGGGAAGAACUUGAUAAACUUCUUCAGAAGAAGCUUGAAAAUGCUAACGUCGACAUUCACAAGGAAGGGAAGUACCUUAUGCUUGCUGUUCAGGAGUUGGUAUCGGGUGAUCAAUGUGAAGGGAGAUUUGUUUUUGGUCGUCAGAGCAAGAAACCUCAGGAUAUCUGUGAGAAGGAUAGGUUUACAAAAGAUGGAACAAAUCCUAAGAGCUUGCUGCAAACUCUGCUGAUGAGAGCAGGGCACUCUCCUCCAAAAUACAAAGUGAAGCACCUUAAGACGAAUGAAUUCAGGGCACUGGUAGAAUUUAAAGGAAUGCAAUUCGUGGGAAAACCGAAAAGAAACAAGCAGCUUGCAGAGAGGGAUGCUGCUAUAGAGGCACUGGCAUGGUUGACGCAUACAACUGACAACAGCAGAGGUGACGAUGAUGAUUCCCCUCCCGAUGUUACCGACAACAUGCUUAAACUUCUUGGAAAACGUCGAAGAUCCAAAAGAAACUUGGGUUAAUAUUAAAUCCAUCUACAUGCCUUUUCCCAUUGACAGUCUGAUAAAAUGACUAGCUAAUCUAUCUGUGUCAGCUACCAGCGCAAAGAUGAUAUGAUUUCAGCACAGGUAGUAAAAAGAGAAAUAUAUAGCUGGGGUGAUGCAUAAAAUGGAAAACCAUUCUGAUCCUGCAUAACAUUUAGCCACUCGUGGGUUCACUAUAACAGCAAGUGGCCCCAGGGAUGUGUACAAAGUGCUAAUAAGAAGCACCUGGCAGAGAAGAGUAGGCUUGUCUACGCAGGUCCGUUUUUACUUGCCUCAUAUUUAGGUUAUUUAUUGUUCUCUAGUGCAUGAGUUAGAUUUCUCUCCUAAAAGAUUUAAGGAAAUUUAUGCUUCUUGCCAUAAGAUUGAAGAUAUACCAGUUGGCACACAGGUCAUUCUUUUGUACUUGGUAGUCAUCUAGGCACAUAAAAUAUGAUUAGUUUCGAAUGUAUACAGGGGUUUGAUUGCUCCUUAUGUUAGAUUAAUGUAUAUUUAGAUACCUGUCCAUGUGUUGCAUGAACUGUUUUAAGAUAAUACCAAAUAAUUAUAAUGUUUCACA